GUGGUCUGAUCAUUUCCCCAUCACCCCUGCGUGAGACGGGAUAGGAAUAUCCAGAGCUAUGUCCAGGAUGAGUGGAAUGCUGUGCUUCUGGGUAGUCUUCAUUGCCAGUGCUCUCUUCUUCGCGACUUUGGCAAACGCCAGCUUCAACGAAGUGAACUACACAUUAUGCGGCGGAGCAGUGCACCAAGUCCGCGUCGACCCCUGUGUGGAGUUGCCUUGCCCUUUCAAGAAGGGCCGCUCAGUCAACUUUGAGAUGGACUUUUAUUCGCCGAAGAACUACUCCAAAGUGAGUGUCAGUAUUAUGGGCAAGAUCGGCAACAUUCAGCUGUCGCUACCCUUUAACCAGAAGGACGGUUGCACCAACUCUGGGCUGACCUGCCCUCUGUCGGCAGGCAACAACCACACGGUUACCAGGAGCGUACGCGUCUACAGGAUCUAUCCAAAGAUGAAAGUGCUGGCCAUCUUCGAAGUGACGGGAGACGAAGAAGACGUCCUCGCCUGCGUCCAAGUCCCCAUCCACAUCCAAUGAAACACACGCUGAGCUAAAAAACGAAUGUUAUGUUUUUACCGUUGUUGUACCAUAUGUAAGUACAGUCAAUAAAAUCAUUAGCAGAUUUUAAA